CAGAGGUCAGGCAUGCCACACAUCAACACCACCGAGCUGCAGUCGCUCCUGCUGUCUUUCCUGCAGCACUGCCUCAACAGCACAAGUCAACUGUCUCCACAGUUGCAUCAGAACUACACUGCCCAGCAGGCCGUGUACCACGUGGCUGGAGCCAGGGCCCACGCUCAGUCUCAGGGCAUGAUGUACAUCCUCUUGGUGGUUGGCAUGUUCAGCUUCUUCACAUUCGGCAUCAUGUUCAGCUACAUUCGCUCCAAGAAGCUGGAGAGCUCUCAGGAUCCGUACCACCAGUACAUCGCCCACGACUGGACCAAGGUGUCGACUCCGUCCAGGGCCGUGGCUCAGGCGAUUCACAGGGAAGCUGCAGGUAACGGAGCCAGCAGCCAGGAGCCCGUCGUUAUCUGCAACCCUGCAACACUGGAGCAGCUGCCAGACUAG